AUGGGCACAACCAAUGUUUCUGCUGAAAGAUUUGGGCACUUCCUUGCUGGGAAUAUUUGGAGGAGGGAAGGCUACAGAGGUGGGACAAAGCUGGCACCUGGUGGGUUCCCCAGAGAGCAUCAUGUAGGUUUUCUCUGUGGCCAGUUUGCCUGUCUCCUGCUCUGCCCAGCCCUGGACCCCGGCGCCCACCCUUCACUUUGGUUGUCUCCAGCUCAGACACAUUCCGGAGGUUCCCAGGGCCAUGUGUGGUGCCUGCCAACAGUCCUGUGUUUGUGGAGCCAUCUAAAGAGGCAGCCAGGAGAGUGCUGCAGGUUCAGAGGAGAGAGGUUUGAACCCUGCCUCGUGUGUCAACCCCUCCGGACCUCAGUCUCCCCAUCUGCCUCCUUGGCUCAGCCCUCUUCCCGAUGGGGCCUUUUUUUGCAUCGAUGCUCCCUGUCACCCUCCUCGGACCCAACCCAGGGUUCUCCACUCCUGUUGCUGCUAAGAGGUGGCUGCCCAGCAGAAUCCUCUGUCUCCUUCCAUCCCCCGCCCCCUGGGUCCCUGCCCCAAACCAGACUCAGCUUCCGCCUGCGCCCCAUCUUCAACGCCUCUGUGCAGUUCCUACACUGCCAACUGGGACUCUGCCGCCGCCGGGGGGGCCCACGGAGGGGCCCCCGAAGUGCCGACCAGCCCCCUCGGUGUCUCUCCCAGGACGAAGCCUGCACGGGCAGCGGGAGCAGAGAGGAGGUCGUUGGGGAAAGCCCCCAUAUACACACCUUGUCCCAGCCCAUCAUCGUCACUGUGCCGCGGCCCCUCCACAGACCCCCUCGAAUUCCCCCCGAUCAGCUGCCCAGAGUCCUCCAGCCGGAUCCGCAAGCCCCGGGCUGCGGGGGGCUGGACCCAGCCCCGGUGGUGGCCAUCGCGGUGUCUGCCUUCGUCUUGGGGGCUGCCCUCACUGCCGGCUUGGGGCUGAUCUAUGUCCACACAGCUCCGCCUCCACCCAGGGCAGCCCCCAGCGGAUCUCCAAGCCCCUCCCCAGCCUAGGAGGCCCCAGUGAGAGCAGCUCUGCUGCCAAGUCCUGGUCCUACAGACAAAGCCUAGCAGGAGCCACAGUCCUCUCCUUCCCUCGUAGAAGCACUACUACCUCCAUGCCUCUCUCUACCUGAGAUCUCCAAACUUGAAAA